AUGCGUUUCUCUACCGUGGUUCUUCUGACUGGCGCUACUGCUGCCUCUGCGACCAGCACCGCGACUCUGCUGCUCCCUGGUUUUGAGGGUCAUGAUCUGCAGGCUAGUGUUCUGAACAAGGAUGCCGAUGCCACCACCUACCUGGUGAGCUGCCCUACCAGCGUCGCCUCCUCCGCCUGUGGAAUCCCCGGUAACGGUCUCACCGCGAUCUCGGCCUCCACCUCGGCCCAGCUGCUCCAAGUUGCCGACGGCAAGACUGCCUCCGUCUCUUGCAACGUCGCCGGUACCACCUACGCCUCCUGCUCCGUCGGGUAUGGCACCGCCCACGCUCACCAGACCCUGACUGGCACCGACCUCAACUGGAUGCCCGUGACAAUCUCCACGAGCACAACUCCCACUUCAACUUCUACUUCAACCUCUACUCCAUCCCCAACCUCGACAUCUACCACCGUCGCCCCAACCUCAACCCGCACCCCGACUCACUCGUCGACCCCAUCGUCAAGCCCUAAGAAGUCCCCUACCAAGUCUUCUUCACGCGCUACCUCCACUCCAAUGGUUACCAGUGCCCCUACCGGUUCUUCUGGUGGCUCUCCCGCCCCAACCACUGGUGGUGCGCCUGCUGCUUCUUCCACACCUGCUCAUGCUGGUGCUGGCUCUGUGGCUCGCAACGGAUGGGUCCUUGGUGGUGCCCUGGCUUUCGCGUAUGCUCUUGUUUAA